AUGGCAAGACUCCAGGGCCGGGUGCGGCUCAGCCCCAACCAGGGUUACUGCCUGAAACUGCACUGUUUCAACUUCCAUCUUCUACUGGAGGCUGGACCCCAAGUGAAAUGCAGGUCCAGCAGGGAGGGAGAACACAGAAACCCUCUUUGUCAGCAGGAGUUUCAGACCCUAUCCUGGGAGCGGGGUUUGAGAGAAACAUGGGGCCGCGGGGUGCCUGAAGGAAACACAGCUAAAAACUGUACUUACUUCACAACUUUGGAAACUCAGCCUUGGGUUCAGUCCACCUGGGUUCCAAUUCCAGCCUUAAUACUUCCUAACCAUGUGACUACAAGCAAAUGA